AUGGAAAGAUGCUGGUUACCGGAUCCCUUUGCCAAGGUAGUGGUUGAUGGAUCAGGGCAGUGCCAUUCUACAGACUACUGCAAAGGAACUCUCGACCCAAAAUGGAACCAGCAUUAUGAUUUAUUUUUGAGUUUAAGUGACAGCAUCACACUGAGUGUAUGGAAUCAUCGGAAGAUCCACAAGAAGCAGGGAGCUGGUUUCCUGGGCUGUGUCAAGAUUCUUUCCCAUGCCAUUCAAAGGCUGAAAGACACCGGUUAUCAAAGGUUAGAUCUAUGCAAGCACAAACCGGAGGAUGGAGACAACAUCCGCGGUCAGAUCGUCAUCAGUCUUACAUCGAGAGAUCGGGUUGGGUCAUCAGCGAGCGGAGCGGUGGUCGACUCUCGUAACAUCAACCCACAUCCUAUGCUACCUUCAGAUCCAAAUGAGCUGCCUGAUGGGUGGGAGGAGCGUAUGUCAACCUCAGGAAGAGUGUAUUUUGUCAAUCACCUCACAAGAACAACACAAUGGGACAGACCUACUAGGCCUGCUUCUGAGUGCAGCCAUGCUCCUUCAUCACGGACGUCCACCCACGCCAAUGGUCACCAUCACAACCACCACCACCUCUCAUCGUCGUCAUCGUCGUCCUCCUCAUCUCAACAUCAUAGAGGAACUGGUCAUGGCGAUAGAGGAGGGGGCAGUGGGGAGGGUCAUGAAGGGGGGCGGUCAGGGGCGUCCAGUCGGCAUGGUCGCUCAUCGGACGACCACAACAAGUACAGCAGAAGAGCAUCCUCAAGGCUCAGAAACUACAUGGAUCGAUCAACAUUGCACAGAGUCAUCGAUCUGCCAGAGGGAUAUGAACAACGAACAACGUCACAAGGCCAGGUCUACUUCUUAGACACGAGUACGGGGGACAGUACGUGGCACGACCCUCGACUACCACGUGACCUUCACAUCAACGAGGCUGACCUCGGAGGGCUCCCUCCUGGUUGGGAGACGAGACACACGGCUACUGGGAGGGUCUACUAUGUAGACCAUAAUAACAGGACAACGCAGUUCACCGAUCCAAGGCUUGAUGCUCAGAUCAUUAAUAGGGCUAUGUCAAAGCAAAAUGGCAAUACAGAUUCAUCACCUGUACCGAAGUACAAGCGAGACCUUGUCCAGAAGAUGAAGAUAUUACAUGCAGAGUUAGCUACAGUUCAACCUCAGACUGGACACUGUAGGAUAGAGGUCUCAAGAGAAAACAUCUUUGAGGAAUCCUACCGUCAGAUCAUGAAGCUGAAGCCGAAGGACCUUAGGAAACGCUUGGCCAUCAAGUUCAAGUCAGAGGAGGGUCUGGACUAUGGAGGCAUCACAAGGGAGUGGCUCUACCUCCUAUCACACGAGAUGCUCAAUCCUUACUAUGGUCUCUUCCAGUACUCCAGGGAUGAUAUCUAUACAUUACAGAUCAACCCAGACUCAGGAGUCAAUCCAGAACAUCUAUCCUACUUCCAUUUUGUUGGACGAGUGAUUGGUCUUGCCAUCUUUCAUGGUCACUACAUAGAUGGAGGUUUCACCAUGCCAUUCUACAAGCAGCUUCUAGGAAAGCCAGUCAGUCUUGAGGACAUGGAGACAGUAGACCCUGAGGUUUACAGGAGUCUUGUAUGGAUACUAGAGAAUGAUAUCACUGGUAUACUGGAGAAUACGUUUGCAGUGGAACACAACUCAUUCGGACAGAUGCAGGUCCAUGAACUCAAACCCAAUGGUAUGAAUAUCCCAGUCACAGAGGAAAACAAGAAGAAAUAUGUCAAACUGUUCGUGCAAUGGCGUUUCCUGCGUGGCAUCGAACCCCAGUUCCUGGCUCUCCAGAAGGGCUUUCACGAGCUCAUCCCACCGCGGCUCCUCAGACCGUUCGACGAGCGUGAGCUGGAACUCCUGAUCAACGGCCUGGGCAAGAUCGACGUUGAGGACUGGAAGAACAAUACCAGGCUGAAGAACUGUUCUCUGGAGACUGCCAUUGUCCAAUGGUUCUGGCAAGCAGUUGAUUCCUUUGAUGAGGAGAAGAGAGCAAGACUCUUGCAGUUUGUAACUGGAACAUCCAAGGUGCCUUUAGAAGGGUUCAAGGCACUUCAAGGUUCUACUGGUGCAUUGAGCCCACGUCUGUUCACCAUUCAUCAAAUAGAUGCUAGCACAGACCUUUUACCCAAGGCCCACACAUGCUUCAACCGUCUUGACAUCCCACCAUAUGAAAACUACUCCAAGUUCCUUGACAAACUGACGUGUGCUAUAGAGGAGACGUGUGGUUUUACUGGCGAAUGAGAACAGACAUUUCUAAUGCAAUUGCUUUUGUAUUAUUUGCACCAUCUUUACUGAUUGUGGUUUCUUGUUUUGGCUGAGAGUGUAAGACCAUGCUCUUGGUAUGGCUAAGAACUGGAAAGUUAGGAGUUGGAAUGCAAUUAUCGAUGAUCAUGCAACAAAGAAGAGCCUUGAGGAUAUCCUUCAAAGAUUCUUUGACCUGUUUGGCAAAAUCAUGGCAAUGCAGCAUCUGUCAUUUGUUGCAAUUUAGUGAUUGUUGUGAAAAAAUGCGUGGAAUUAGAAUGAAGUUAUCUACGAUCAAGCUACAAGAAGAGCCUAGAGGAUUUCCUUCAAAGCUUUUCAACCAGAUGUGCAAAACCAUGUCACCUGCUGUUACAUAUUGAAUUUGUUGCAAGAAAUGUUUGAAGUUAAAAUGUGGUUAAGUUAUGAUCAGGCAACAAAGAAGAGCCUAGAGGAUAUUCCUCAAAGACUGUGAAAUCAUGGCACCAUUUGUUGCAUCUGAAGAUUCCAGGAAAUAUGGGGAGUAGGAAUGUGAUGACCAAGCAAUGAAGAACUGCCUCUGAGAUUUACAUCAAAGAAUCUGUAAUCUGAUGUCUCAAAGCGUAACACCGUCUAAGAUGGUGCAAUAUCUAUGUAGCAAGACACAACUAGGACACCAAGAGGCUAUAUAUUCAUAUUUUGUGAUACAUUAUCACCACAUGUACCACCCAAAGCUUUUUGUUUAUGUUUCUUGUUGUUCAGCACUCACUUGCUUUCUUGAAAGACAUCGGAAAAACAGUAGAGGCAACACUCAUAGAACAAAGAGAGAGAUGGAAUAGGAGAAGAUCAAUUAUAGAUCCAGUUACCUCCCGUAAGAUACAUGUAUCUUAGUAUUGUAAUGCUUAUAUUAACCAAGCAGUAUUUUCAGACAGGUGCCCCAUGUUCUGUAGCAUUUGUUAGAGAGAAACUUUACACUAGUCAUGAAAAAAAAAAGGUUUUCAUCAUGUUUUUACUGUAAAAUUUGAUUUGAAAUAACAUGUUGGUAGUGUUAUGUUUACAGAAUAGAGAUGGAAGCUUUGAAUGAAAGAAGUGAUGAAUACAAAUUUGAUAUGAUGACUGGUAGUGUUCAAUCUGGUUUGAGUGUUUUUUUUAAGUCACUAUUUGCUUGUUUAGUACAAUUUCACUUCAAAUCAACAUCCUUAUUCCUUUAACCCCCCCUACCAAAAAAAAAGGACCCAUGAUUGAUCAUAUUUAACCUGUAGCCCUGUAAUCUUUACCUUGGUAAGGCCUACCAGAUCGUGUAUUCCUGCCAGUAUAUUUUCUUUUUUCAUCGUAACUCUCUUUCAAUGUAUAACUUGGUGAGAAAAGAUAACACCUACAACUUCAUCAUUUUAAAAGGGCAUUACAUAUAUAUUCUCCUAAUUGCACCAUGUAUUUGAAAGAACAAGUAUAUAUAAAGGGCUCCUUGGCUAGCAGAAUGUUGUGAGUGUUGUGGGGGAAAAUUUUUAAGGAUUUGUUUUCUUAUUUGAAAUGGUGCAAGGUUUGUUUUGAGUGGUUGAAAGAAAAAGUUGGUUGUUUUCAUUGUGUACCAUGAUACAUUUGCCUUAUAUAUUGAGCUGCGGUUAGUCGGGAUGCAUUUGACACCGUUCUCACUACUGUCCUAAAACUAGUUUAGUGGAAACUAGUUGAACGCGUAAUGAGAACGGUCGAAGCGAUCCUCCAAACCAGUUCGGAAAACCACCUCGCUGUGUAGUUUUCAAGAUCGCUUUGCCUCGUUAAACUGGUUUUAGCGUGAGGACUUAACUGUUCUUCUGGAAGCGAUCUUCACACAUUUUGAGUGCGCUACUUCACACACUGUGUGUAGAAUGUCUACGCUGCGGUUUUGAAUAUUGCACAAAAGAUGUCAUCCCCACUGAGCGCGUUCCCAUAGCAACAAGACCACUUUAUGUGAAGUGGGUUUGAAAACCACUUUCGGCUGAUCAAAUGGGAACGCUAGCAAAGCGAUUGUCCAAACUAGUUUCUUGAAUCGGUUUCCAAUAAAUCUAGUUUUAGGAAGUAUAAUGAGAACGGUGUCUGUGAGUUACUGAAAUGUUUUAUUCCUGUGCUAAGUUUGAUAUUAAUUGUAUUCUUGCUAUGGCCUGAUAAUGCAGGGCAUGGUGAUGAUUGGGUUAAAGUGUUUUACUUCCUGUUUGGAAUUAUUCUGAAAAGGGUGGAGCUUCUCUCUUCAUGCAAUGUCAAAUUUUUAUCAUUUUAAUUGUUUAUUUUGUAGUUAGUGCCUUCUGAAAAGAAAUAUAACACAGGGACUGAUGUAAUCUCUUAUUAAAGCCCUGUCAUAAAUUUGAAUGGUAUUAUGCAGAGCGAGCUGAAACAAACAAAAAAUUUAAGCAUUUUAGGAAUACCAGUUGACUUUCCAUCAGUAGCUGGCCAUGUUUUGAAGUUGCUUGCCAAUUUGCCUUGGUCUGUAACAAAGAGGUUAGCUAUUAAUCGUACGCUUGAUUUUCAUGAUUAAUUGUACAUUGUAGUCAAUGCAAUCAAUCAUUAAAAAAAAAUCUCUAAAAUCAUUGCUAAGCUUUCAAUGCGGUUAGAAUGCCAUACAAAUCAUUGGAAUGUAGCAAGAGUGCAGGAAAAACAAGUUAUACAUUUUUCCUCCUCAAAUUAAACUUGGGGGUGUUUCACAAAGAUUGUGACUUUUAUUCAUGCUUAGAUGCCAACGCGCAAAUAAUAUGUAAUCUGCUACCUGAUUGAUUGAUACGCAUUAGCGUGUCUUUUUAGCUUGAUUUGACCAAUGUGGUGAUGCCUUUUAUACCACAUUGAACUUGGAAUUUCAGAGCAAUUCUUAGUCACCCUUUAAUCUUUGUGGAAACAUCCCAGGCCGCAAAUGUGUUUUAGCAUGAGGGCAAUUCCAUGAAGUAUGACCAUUGGACCCCCUAUAUGCGUGAGACCUUUCUAAAAUGGUUACUCUCUGCUUUUUGCUUCAAAUUAAAACGAGUAAUGCUCUCACAUCAUCAUGGCUAGAGUACGGUUGUUCAUGAUGUGAAGUCAAAAUGGAGAAAGAUUGGGGCAGACAUUUUAAAAUGUUGAUUGUUUGAUGGAAUUGACCAAUGAGGAAGAAUUCAAACCAACCUCAAUAAUGAGAUUAUAAGAAAGUUUGGAAUUCUCUAAGAAUGUAAAUCAAAAUGUUUGAAAUGUUCUUUAAAUGCAUUCAAGUAGCAUUUGUUCCAACUCCAGUAUGAAGCAAGUUUGUACUCAAAUUAUUUUGGGUGACUUCAUAGUGGUCUUAACGCUUUUCAUGAGCAAAUGCAGGAUUUUUUUUUGUAAAACAAGCAAAAAGGAAGACAAGAAGAAGGAGAAAUAAAGUUUGUAGAAUGAUUUGUGUUUAAUAGAAGCAUGAUAUUGGCGAUUUAGUUAUUGAUGGCAUGUUUUUAAGAAAGCUUGGAACUAUCAGUGGGUUGUGUAAAGCAAAUGUUGUUUUGUUUUGUUUUAUACAGGUGCAUUCUAAAUGAUGAUCAAAGCAGUAUUGAACAUACAUAUGUUAUUUUGCUGAAUUCAAACAGAAGUUUUAUUUUUAUGCUUUGUUGGCAGAUACUUGUACAAAUUUGAAGUUUCUCAUUAGUUGGUAUAAAUUUCUUGUUGCUUAUACAGAUAUUUUGAUCCAAUCAUUUUGAUCAUUUCCUCUUAUAUGUAUUUCAGGGGAUUUUCCUCUUGUGGUUCUUUCCUGUUUUCCAGUCUUGUUUAAUCCUUUCUUUUAAUCUGUAUGUUAUUUAUUCAUUUUACUAGGGCUGUACAAUAUAACCUAUUUGCAUAGAAGAUUAUCACCAGCUGUGAUAUUAUGAUAAGGUGAUACAUUACGACAAGGUGAUACAUUACCAAUGAAUACUAGUAAAACCCUUCACAUUUAACUUUUCUCUGUAGCUGUUUCUAUUUGCUAACAUAUAACCCAGGUGCAAUAGACAGGGAAAGUAUUUGUAAGGGUUGACACUGUUAUGACCUUUUGAAAGGUGAACCCAGGUUAUAGGAUUAUGGUGAUGGAAUGAUAUCUGGGGUGGUAUUCUGGAACACUGUCAUAACUGUUUUCAUAAAUUUUGUCAUUUCUUUCCGAGAUGUGACGCCGCUAUGAUUGUCACAAAUCGGUAUUCUGAACAUUGUCUUUUCCCUGUCAUAUCUCUCUGAGUUCCCGCCCAAGCAAACCAAUCAAAAUCAUCGUUAGAUCCCAGUGGGAGCCCUUCUAGCCAAUAGGAAGGCCCCGUGGCAGAUAGGGCAUAUCUCCAAUACAGUUGCUGGCAUCGCGCAACUAAGCGUAUAUUGAUACACUUAAUUACAAAGAGAGACAGGGAGCUGUGAAGGAUUUUAGAAGAGAAAUAGAAAAAGAAGGAAAACAU